AGAACUGGUCUGGAGACAGAGAUGGGGAGAUGUCCCUGGGCAUAUAUAAACCAUCACGAACCACACUCCAUACCAGUAAGUGGCGGUAAUGCUACUAAAAGUUUGUUGCCAACCGCCAUUAAAUCCAUCAAGAAGAAGAAAAUGCGGAAGCAGAGUGAGCUGCUAUCAGUUGUCCAUGCAAUGAUAUGUGAUAUGGUCACUUGGCUAACUUACUAAAAUACAUAAUAAAAUGCCUGAACAAGGUGAAUGGACUUGACAGGUUACGGGCGCUGAGAGAUAUUCGGGUAAAAGUAGGCAUCUUAUUGGAUAUGAGUGUGGAUAAUGGAGGAUGGUCAAGGUGGGGACUUGGAUUACCUGAUCCAAGAUGAGGACACCAUCAUUGAGGGUGUUAGCAACCAGGUUUUGUUUGUAGUGGUUGUCAGUUUCACCUUCCUUGCAGGCAUCUUCACUUUGCUCUGCAGACAGGAAGAGCAGAAUAUCCAUCCUGAAAAUCAGGAACAUGUUCGAGCUGUCCGACAGCAGCUUCAAACUGAGCAGGAUGAAAAUCCACAGGCAGAGGCUAGACAGCAGUAUUACACAGACAUGUCUUGCCCUGUGUGUUUACAACAAGCUGUGCUGCCUGUGGAGACCAACUGUGGACACCUUUUCUGUGGCUCCUGCCUUAUAGCUUAUUGGAGGUAUGGCACCUGGCUGGGUGUGAUCAACUGUCCAAUCUGCAGACAAAUGGUAACACUUCUGUUCCCAUUAUUUCAUGAGCACGCCGCUCCUCAGAGGGUUCAGGAUGGCGACGCCGAACCUCAGCUUAUAUUACGAGACAUCAACGAUUAUAACCGAAGAUUUUCUGGUCAGCCAAGAUCUCUUAUGGACAGGCUGCGGGACGUCCCCACCCUGCUCCGUCAUGCCUUCAGGGAGAUGUUUUCUGUGGGCGGACUCUUCUGGAUGUUCCGGAUUCGAAUUCUUCUCUGUCUCAUCGGUGCAAUCACCUACCUGGCUUCGCCACUCGACAUUCUCCCGGAAGCUCUUUUCGGCCUUCUGGGCUUCAUGGACGACUUCUUUGUGAUCCUCCUCCUGUUUGUGUACAUCUCUAUCAUGUACAGAGAAGUGGUUACGCAGAGGCUUAAUGGCUAGGCCUACAAACAGAUACAGGAACAAAAGAGAGCUGAAUAUCUGAGAAGAAGAGGUUCUUAAAAAAUAUUGAGUUUUCUCAGAGGGCUUCACUUUAAUUAAAUGGACCAUGAGCAUCUGACUGGGCAGAGGUUAACAAAACAUUGUGAACAUCAGUUUUGCUGCAAAAGUUCCCAUUGAAAUUUACUAGGUGAAGGAUUUCAGGCAAACAAGUUACGAUCAAAUGAACAUGUAUGAACAAUGUACUGCUUCAAGAUUUACCCAUUUUUAAAAAGAAAUCUGUUAAGCAAUGUGAAUAUCAACAUAAUAUGGUCAACUGUGCAAUACAAAGACGUCUUGAAAGUCUUGUAUUUAUGGGUUUAUAUGUAAUGAUUCCAUCUGAAUUUUCAAUUCAAAAAACAAGUGUUGAAUGAUAAGAGCUCCUGUUUGAGCUUGUUGUUGUUAUAAUAACAUGUAACUAUGCAUAUUUUAUGAUAACUUGGAAAGCAGAGCUUGUUAAACCGAUUGGAAAAAUUAUCUGAAUAAUCGUUUUAAGCAGCAGUUUAAAUUCAGUAAUCAAAUCUUGCUUUCUGCAUGCGUUGAGGGAAUGCUUAACACCUUCUUACAUAAACAUUUUUAACAAGCCAUUCUGAAAUAUAUAUAAAUGGAUAAUCCUGGACAAUUUUGAAUGUAAAUCAUCUAAAAAUGAAUGUGAAGUCAUUUCUGUUAAGUAUACUUUAACAUUCUGUUGUGAAAAGUAAAUUUGGUUUGAGCUAUGGAAUGAGUUUGCAUCAGUUUGCAUCCUUUUGUAUUCAGUAUGCUGUUGGCAUUAGCAUGUACAAUGCAGAUCUUUUUUAUUUGUAAAUAGUUUUAUCAGUGGUAUAGGUGUAUUUUCUUUAGAUGAUCAAAUGAGUAGCACACCAUGUCGGUGUGUUACUGAAGAGCACUGUUUCAGUUGAAAUCCACACAGACCAACUAUUUUGCUUUCAAAAGUCACAUUAAUUGACACUUGCAAAAGAUUUUAAAAUCAUAUUUUAUUACAAUAUGAUGAGUAUUAAAAAAUUCAGAACUAUCAAUUCAAGUACAUUUACUGUGUAGGAAAAAAUAUGCAUUUCAAGAAUGAAUUGCUUUUAACAAAUCUGUGAUGUAACAAUCAAUACUUUGCACAGCCUUCCCUUACCUGUCAAUACAUUUACUCCUAUUAAACCCAUAAUAUUCCACAAUGUUGGAACAUAUCCAAAUAUUAACUAGAAUCUGGGGUCCUGUUUUAUGCCCCUUCAGCUUUUCCAUAUGAUUAAGGUCUGUGGAAUGACAUGGCUGUGGAUGGAGGCUAAAGUUGUCUACUUACUGAAUUCUGGAUGAAUUUUUGCAUCACCUUGUUGAUAAAAGCUCACAGAAUCACAGAUCCUUCGCUGUAUUUAUUUUUGAUGGCAUCAUUUUCAAACAAUCAAUGUGCACAGACAAUAUUGUACAGUUUAAGUCUUGACUUAAAUGUUGCCUUUAGCAGCUGCUCACUAGCAGUAAGCCUUGAUAAUUUUUUCCCGUCCUUUUUACUUCACUGUUCAUGGCGUCAAAAUAAAUAUGUGUCCUCAUCCUGCAUAGAGACCAGUGGAUCAGAGGUGUAGAUGAUACAGAUAAUUGAGGAGCUGGAUAAUAAAAAAAAAAAAAAAAAAUCUUACUGGUUAUG